GCAGUGGGAGGGGCUAGAGCUGCACAGUCUGUCAUUGCAAAUGUUUGGGCGACGUGGACCUGCAACUUGACCCAUUAACUUUAUCUUAUUGUAUUUUUUUUUCUUCCUCAAGAAAGUAUUUCAUUUUGUGCAGGUUAUAAAGCGGAUAAUUCCUUUACAACCCAAGACGCGGGUUCUUUUUGUAGGGAAAGACUUUAUUUCAGUUAUUAUUGAAGGAAAAGCCUCGACUGAGUUCAUCCAGAAAUAGCUCCUGGACAUUUGGGAAAAGUGGACUGGACUGAAAAUAAAGCUAAUGUAGCGUUCAAUAUCCGGUUUUUUUGCUUCUUUUUGUAGCCAGUCAGCUUGUUUGUAGUCUCCUUGAAGUGAGUAAGGUCAGAGCCAUUCAUUAAGAAGGAAAAGAGAGGAAGAGAAAUGGGUUUGCACCCGCUGGAGUUCAGUGAGUGUUACCUGGACAGCCCAAGCUUCAGGGAGAAGAUUAAAGCUCAUGAAGCAGAGCUGGACAAAACCAACAGGUUUAUUAAAGAGCUUUAUAAAGACGGGAAAAACCUCAUCAACGCCACAAAACAGCUCUCUCAGGCCCAGCGUAAGUUUGCUCAGUGUCUGGGGGAGUUCCAGUUCGAGUACAUCGGGGACGCCAAGACUGAUGAUGAAAAGUGCAUCGAUGAGUCUUUACAGGAGUUUUCCGCCUUCCUCAGAAACCUGGAGGACCAGAGGGAGCUGAUGAUGGCGAACAUCACAGAGACACUGAUGAAGCCUCUAGAGAAGUUUCGGAAAGAGCAGCUGGGUUCAGCCAAGGCAGAGAGGAAGAAAUACGAGAAGGAAACGGAGAAGUACUACACAUCUUUGGAGAAACUCUUAAACAUGUCAGCAAAGAAGAAGGAACCACAGUUGCAAGAGGCGGAUGUGGCAGUGGAGACGAUGAGACAGCACUUUCAGGAGGAGUCUUUGGAGUACGUGUGCAAGCUGCAGGAAAUCCAGGAGAGGAAGAAGUUUGAGUGUGUCGAGCCUAUGCUGGCUUUCUUUCAGACCAUGUUCACUUUCUACCAUCAGGGAUUUGAGUUAGCCAAAGACUUCGACCAUUACAAAAGAGCCCUGCAGAUCAAUAUUCAGAAUACACGGAGCCGUUUCGAGGGAACUCGCUCCGAGGUGUAUGAACUGAUGAAGAAGAUAAAGGAGGUUCCACACGACUGCAGACAGACCAGCCGCAUCAGCAGUGAGGGCUACCUCUUUGUCCAGGAGAAACGUCCUCCUCCGUUUGGCUCCAGCUGGGUGAAGAGGUACUGCACCUUCGUCAAGGAACAGAAAAUCCUCCACAUGAUCACGUACGACCCCAAGUCCGGCGGCAAGUUUGGUGAAACCGAAUCUGUUACACUCAAAUCCUGCGUGCGGAAAACUACAGACACUCUGGACCGCCGGUUCUGCCUGGAUAUAGAGAUUACUGACCGCCCCGGCAUCGUGCUCACAGUCCAGGCGUUCUCCGAAGAUGACCACAGGUUCUGGAUGCAGGCGAUGGGAGGCAAAGAGCCGGUUCACCAUCUCGGGACAACAUAUUCAAAAGAAAGAGGAAUCGAUGCACAGCUGGACGACGUCGGCGUGAAUUUUGUGAGGAAUUCAAUCAACGCUGUUGAAGCAAGAGGGAUCAAUGACCAGGGCUUGUACAGAGUGGUCGGGGUCAGCUCCAAGGUGCAGAAGCUGCUCAGUCUGAUGAUCGAUGAAAAGAGUAGUGAAGUGGACUUGGCCACGUGUGAGGACUGGGACGUGAAGACCAUCACUAGCGCUUUAAAACAGUACCUGAGGAGUCUUCCCGAGCCGUUAAUGACGUACGCCCUGUAUAAGGAGUUCAUCGUCCCUGCAAAGAGUGCGAGUCCAGAGUCCCGUGUUCAGGCCAUUCACUGCUUGGUGCACAGACUGCCUGAGAAGAACCGAGAGGUGUUGAGCUUGGUCACCAAACAUCUCGCAAAUGUGGCGGCCCACAGUAAGCAGAACUUGAUGACAGUAGCGAACCUGGGCGUGGUGUUCGGCCCCACCCUCAUGCGGCCUCAGGAGGAGACGGUGGCGGCCAUCAUGGACCUCAAGUUCCAAAACAUCGUGGUGGAGAUUCUCAUAGAGCAGCACGAGAAGAUUUUUGGAGAUGCUCCGAGCGUUAGUCCAUCCUCAACUCUGUCUCCAUUCACUGCUCCAACGCGUCAGUCUAAGAAGCAGGUGCGCCAGAGCCGCCCGCUGGCUGUGUACAACCCCCUGGACAUCCAUGCAGUGUCUCCGUCCUCUGAGAAUGUCUCUCUGACCCCUGAUGAAGCGUCUCUGGGCAGUAAUGAGUCCGUAUCCUCACAGUCCUCCACAGCGUCGACCUCAGAAACCCCACCAGAGAAGACCGAGAAUCCCCAUGGCAACACCGUGGCCACCCCACAGAACUCUGGAGGGGGAGCAGGCAUGGCAUCAUGGAUGAACUCCACUCCUACAUGUUUAACACCUCAGACUAAAGCUGCAGACACAGAAGCAGCAGCAACCGGAGGACAGACCGACAAAUCUGCAGAAAGUGUCACUCUCAUGAAAGCCAAGGCUGUGUACCCCUGCGAAGCCGAGCACGAUUCCGAACUCUCCUUCCAGGUCGGAGCAAUCUUCCACGCUGUGACUCCGUCUCGAGAGCCCGGCUGGUUGGAAGGAGAGCUGGAGGGCAAACGAGGCCUCAUCCCUCAGAAUUAUGUGGAAAUACUGCAACAAAUGGACUAAGCUUAAAACAAAAAAAAAAAAAAAAGGAAAGGAAAGGAAAUAAACGGGAAUUUAAUAUACAUGGUAUCCAUGGUGUGACCUUGACCUCUCCCCCAGCUUACACGUUUUGUUUCUCCAUCUGCACCACGAGUGACCCAUUGAGGGUAUUUCUAGGAGUAGACGUGGCAGAUUUAACGUUCCUCCAACCUUUAUGUUGUCUUAAAAGCAUAAGCCGGUAAAGCUCUGAGGUUCACGAGUUCAAAACUGUAAUUAUUAAAUGUGUUUCAAGGGUGGAUUUUUUUUUUUUUUUUUUUUUUGCAUGUUUUUGUGGUUUUUAAGUAGCUUGGAUCUAAUGCAUGGGUGUAUAAUAUUUUAUAUUAUUUAAUUAUGCAGUUCCUUUAAUUAAAGUGUGUGUGUUUAAACUGAAUACGAUUAUACGUAUUAUAUAAAUGUUGAAAAUGACGUAGCUAUGUAAAGUUUCAAGUUUAAAGCACUCCCACAUUGUGACGUUCACAUAUUUGUUCCGAUGAUCUGCUUUCGAGUUAAAAUGCUGUGCCUUAAUCUCACCAUGCUUUUUGUGGCUUCGACGCCAUCCAAGAAUCUGGAUGGAAUCUCAUUUUUACAGAGUGUACGUAGUGAAAAAAUGUUUUCUAUGCCAAGAAAUGACUCGUAUAUCAUCCGAAUUAAAUACUAAAUAAACCAAACCAUUUCAAGAUGGCUGUAAAUGCAGUAUUGCCAAGUCUUAUACACACAUUUAUGUGUCUUUAUAAUUAUUAUUCUCUAAAGGACGUUAAAGCUCAAGUGCAUCCCGAGGUGGUUUGGACAUUCUCAGUGUCUCACACCGCAGUUUAAUUUCAUUUCUUUUCUACCAGCCUUUUCUUCUUAUGGUUUGUACUUGUGACUGAGCACCAUGGCAGUAAUUUAAGACAGUGAUUUAUGGCUUGGCACUGCUCUGAUUUUUGUCCUGUUGGAAAAGCUGUCGAUCAAUGUUAAAUAAAUAAAAGCUUUUUAUUCCUC